GGUUGUUGGUUAAGAAAAAAAGUCCCUAGCAAUUGAGGCCAGCCUUAUGUAAGUUGGGCCUUACCAAAACCUUUGAGCUAAAACAGUCAAAAAACAUGGACACUUUCUUCAAUUUGACCCAGAUUCAAUAAAAUGAACAACACGUCGGAUUUUUUUUCCGGCCGCCGUCAAACCUCCAUGAGCGAUCUUCGCCGGAGUUAAUUUUCCGGUCAACUUUCCGAUCUGAACUGACAUUUAAGUUGAGAAGCACCAACUUGACAUGGUGUUUCACCUGCAAUGCCCCCUAUUUCUCCCCCAAACAAUGUCUUCUUUUCUCAAUUUCAACUGAAACCCAGAAAACCCAGAAAAAAUCCCUGUAUAGUUCAUUCAUUGAUUGAUCUCUGCUACCAAGGAAAGCUCAAAGAAGCUGUUGAUUCACUCAGCAUCUUAGCUAGAAAAGGGUUACGUUUAGACGCGGAAACUUUCACAUUUCUUUUAGGACAGUGUGCAAAAACUAGGUCACUUAAAGAAGGAAGAUGGGUGCAUCUUCAUAUGAAGGUUACUGGUAUGAAACAUCCCAAUACUUUAGUUUCAAAUCAUCUGAUGCAUAUGUACUUUGAAUGCGGUGACCACGUUGAGGCACGCAAGGUGUUUGAUAAAAUGUUUGUGAGAAAUGUGUAUAGUUGGAAUAAUGCUCUUUCUGGGUAUGCUAAGUUAGGUAUGCUUGAUGCUGCUAGGAGAUUGUUUGAUAAAAUGACUGAAAGAGAUGUCGUGUCGUGGAAUACUAUGGUGAUUGGUUAUGCACAAGGAGGAGAUUAUGGUGAGGCAUUGAGGUUUUAUAGGGAGUUUAGAAAGACAUCUAUAGGAUAUAAUGCUUUUAGUUUUGCUGGUGUUUUAACCGUGGCGAUCAAGUUGAGGGAUCUGGCAUUGACGAGGCAAGCACAUUGUCAGGUUUUGGUUGCUGGGUUUCUUCCUAAUCUGAUACUGUCGAGUUCAAUUGUAGAUGCUUAUGCUAAAUGUGGAGAGAUGAGUGACGCGAGGAAAUUGUUUGAUGUGAUGCAGUUUAGGGAUAUUCCAGCUUGGACUACAUUGAUUUCAGGGUAUUGCAAAUGGGGAGAUAUGAGAUCAGCUCAAGAAUUGUUUGAUGUGAUGCCUGCAAAGAGUCCGGUGUCAUGGACCGCCAUGGUUUCUGGCUAUGCUCGGAAUAAUGUUGGACAUGCUGCAUUAGAAUUAUUUAGGGAGAUGAUGAUGUUUCACAUUAGACCUGAUCAGUUUACCUUCAGUAGUGCCCUAUGUGCUUGUGCUAGCCAAGCUUCAUUAAAGCAUGGUAAACAAAUCCAUGCUUAUAUGGUGCGCACUUGUUUUAGACCUAAUAAUGUGGUUGUCAGCUCGCUCAUUGAUAUGUAUUCGAAAUGUGGAAGUCUAAAGCUCAGCCAGCAGGUUUUUUUCCUGAUGGGUAAUAAGCAAGAUGUUAUGUCAUGGAAUCCCAUGAUAGCUGCUUUGGCACAGCAUGGUUACGGUGAGGAGGCAAUCAAAAUGUUUGAUGAGAUGAUUCUUUAUGGAGUAAAUCCAAAUAGAGUAACCUUUGUUGUCAUUCUUAGUGCAUGUAGUCAUUCAGGUCUUGUAGAUCAGGGACUUGCAUUAUUCAAAUCUAUGACGGACAAUCAUGGCAUUUUUCCGGAUGGAGAGCAUUAUGCGUGCCUAAUUGAUCUCUUGGGUAGAGCUGGAUGUUUUGAUGAGUUGAUGAAACAAUUAGAAAAGAUGCCCUGUAAAGAUGAUGACAGGAUAUGGAAUGCCCUAAUUGGUGUAUGUAGGAUUCAUGGGAAUGCCGAGCUAGGAAAGCGAACAGCAGAACACCUUAUUGAAGUGGAUCCAGAUUCUUAUGCUGCUUAUCUAUUGCUUUCAAGCAUACAUGCUGCAUCCGGGGAGUGGAAGAGUGUGGAAACAAUGCGACGGCUUAUGGAUCAGAAAUGUGCAAGAAAGGAGCAAGCCAGUAGUUGGGCUGAUUCGACAUAAUGGUUUCUACUUCCAUAUGAGGAACAUAAUUGGUUUCAGGAUUCUGAUCACUUUUUCAUGAAGAUGAGAGAUAAAGGCAUUGAUAUAUCUAGGUGCCUCAAGCGGCUUGCUUAUAGCUUGAAAUUUUUUACUUGUAGACACAUGUAUUUGAUAAUUUGGGUGCCUUUUUUUCUCGGUUUAACCCAAUUGUUACAGGUUAAUGGAAGAUAAUCUUCUUUCUUCCUGGAAUUGUUUCAGUUCCCGCAAAUUGGUAAUAUCUUCUUGCUAUACUUAAUAUUUAAUCAUAUAGAAGUUCUUCCUCCUCCAA